ACGCGCCGAUAAAUAGAGAGUGAGGGGAUGAAGAAGUGGAGAAGCGGAGAUGGAGCGCGAGGAAGUGGCGGCGGAUAGAGAGGUGGAGGAGGUGGCGAAGAGAGCAACGCCGAGCGAGGAAGAACCGGCGUCCGAUGGAAUCUCCGCCGUCAUCCCUGGGUGGUUCUCCGAGAUCAGCCCCAUGUGGCCAGGAGAGGCUCACUCUUUGAAGGUUGAAAAGGUUUUGUUUCAGGCAAAAUCAGAUUACCAAAAUGUACUGGUAUUCCAGUCAUCAACCUACGGCAAGGUUCUUGUCUUAGAUGGAGUGAUUCAAGUAACAGACCGAGAUGAAUGUGCUUACCAAGAAAUGAUUACUCAUCUUCCAUUGUGCUCAAUACCAAAUCCUAGAAAGGUACUGGUUAUUGGUGGUGGUGAUGGAGGUGUGCUGCGAGAAGUUUCACGUUAUUCUUCUGUGGAGCAAAUAGAUAUAUGCGAGAUUGAUAAGAUGGUUAUAGAUGUUUCAAAGCAAUUCUUUCCACAUCUCGCUGUUGGUUAUAAGGAUCCUCGUGUCACUCUGCAUAUUGGUGAUGGAGUUGCAUUUCUGAAAGCUGUUCCCGAAGGUACCUAUGAUGCAAUCAUUGUGGAUUCAUCUGAUCCAAUAGGUCCAGCUCAAGAACUUUUUGAGAAGCCUUUCUUUGAGUCUAUUGCUAAAGCCCUUCGCCCAGGUGGAGUUGUAUGCACCCAAGCGGAGAGCAUAUGGCUUCAUAUGCAACUGAUCGAAGACAUUGUUUCUGCUUGUCGCCAGGUCUUCCGAGGCUCUGUGAGUUAUGCUUGGACGACUGUUCCAACAUACCCAAGUGGAGUUAUCGGGUUCAUGCUUUGUUCAACCGAAGGACCAGCAGUUGAUUUCCAGCAUCCUGUAUACCACAUUGAUCAGGAUGAGAUUUCUAUCAAAUCUAUGGGACCCUUGAAGUUUUAUAAUUCUGAGAUCCAUUCUGCUGCAUUCUGUUUGCCUUCUUUUGCAAAGAGAGUCAUUGGUUCCAAAGCUCGCUGAGAUGCACCACCCGAUGAAUGCCAAGAAAACUCAGCAGUUCAUGAUCCCUGAAACGAUAAGGGAUUACUAAGGUCGAUUACGGUUGCCAUCUGGUAUUUCAUAAUGAUCUGAAGAGAGGAAUCUUCAGUUUCAAAGACAAUUGUUACCCCAUUUCCCUUUAAAACUUAUUUUGGAUAGCUCCAGUUUUGUAUUAUUUCUGCCUAAGAAAACUGUCCCUAAACUAUCGUUCCACUAGAAAAUUGCUCUAGUUUCUUUAAUGCUACACAAGAGGCACAAGUUUCAUA